AUGCCUGCUCCUCAUCCUUUAAUUAAGCCAUUGCUUGUUCAUACUGGGUUUGCUGAUGUGGCAAAAUUACGCCACUUCAAAAUUGAUCAUCAUCUAGUGACUGCACUUGUUGAGCGAUGGAGACCAGAGAAACACACUUUUCAUCAUCCUGUUAGAGAAUGUACAAUUACACUGGAGGAUGUAGCACUACAACUUGGCAUAAGGGUCGACGGUAGGCCAAUCACUAGUGCAACCUACUAUGAUUGGGAGGAAAUCUGUGAACAAUAUUUGGGUGUUGUUCCACCAAAGGGAGAAGCAAUAGUAGGCUCUGCCAUUAAGCUUAAGUGGUUGCAAGAUAAUAUGCCAUCACUUCCCUCAGAAUCGACACAGCAGCAAUUAGAAGCACAUUGUAGAGCUUAUAUUUUGUGGCUAAUUGGUGGGGUUUUAAUGCCAAACAAGACGGGAAAUCGAGUUCAUUUGAUGUACCUCACUUUCUUGGCUGAUCUCGAUCGAGUUAGGAGGUAUAGUUGGGGCUUUGCUUGUCUGGCAACACUGUACAGAGAAAUGUGUAGGGUCACUAACCUUGAUGCCAAAACCAUGGGCGGCUGUGCGUCAUUGUUGCAAUAUUGGGCAUGGUAUCGCAUGCCUUUCAUUGCAGCAAGAGUUAAUCGGACACCAUCGUAUCCGUUGGUUACGAGGUGA